CGCCGCAGUGCAGCGCGCAGCAGUCGGUCGCGAGAAGCAGCCGCCCGGGCCGCGGCCCUCUGGCCUAACCUGGACAAGGAUAAAGUUUGGCCGCACGGACGUUCGUCGAGGAUGCCCGUCGUCACGCCGCCUGGGUAGGGAGGAAGAUGGACCGCAGCGGCGUCGCGCCCUCAAGGUUGGUGCUGCACUGCAACACGAGCCCCUCCCGUCGACAGCCCUGUGCGCGGGUUGCCUACCCAGCCGAUGUCAGGCGCUACAACGCCCGGAGUGACUGCCCGGGGCGGCGCGCCUAGCUGCAGCGCCGUGUGAGCCUCGGCCCCGCCAUGGACGUGUCCCUCGUCACCCUGGUCGUCCUGGCCUGCUUCGUGGACCUGCUCGUCUCCACCGCUCCAGGGUCCAACACGAUCCCGGACUCCAGCCAGCACGACAAGGACGGCAACUCCGACCCGGGCCGCCACCGCAUCGUCCUGGAGGGCGUGCCCGUGGCCGAGAAGCCCUUCUUCGACACCGCCGUGCCGGCCAACGUGACCGGACUCGUCGGCAAGACGGCCUACCUCAACUGCCGGGUCAAGAAUCUGGGCAACAGAACGGUGUCGUGGGUGCGCCACCGGGACAUCCACCUGCUGACGGUGGGCCGCUACACGUACACGUCGGACCAGCGCUUCGAGGCCGUGCACUCGCCCCACACCGAGGACUGGACCCUGAGGAUCCGGUACCCGCAGCGGAAGGACUCGGGGCUGUACGAGUGCCAGAUCUCCACCACGCCGCCCAUGGGCCACCCGCUGUACCUCACCGUCGUCGAGCCGGAGACGGAGAUCCUGGGCGGACCGGACCUGUACAUCAACGAGGGCAGCACCAUUAACUUGACCUGCGUGGUCAAGUUCUCCCCGGAACCGCCCAGCUCCGUCAUCUGGAGCCACAACCACGGGGUCAUCAACUUCGACUCUCCCCGGGGCGGCAUCAGCCUGGUGACGGAGAAAGGCCCUGUCACAUCCAGUCGCUUGCUCAUCCAGAAGGCGGGGCCCUCGGACGACGGCGACUACACAUGCGACCCCGCCAGCGCCAACCCCGCCACCGUCCGCGUGCACAUACUCAACGGAGAACACCCGGCCGCCAUGCACCACGGCGGCGGCGGCACCCUGCUGCCACGCGUGCUGGUCUGCGUGCUGGCGCCCUACCUCACCCUGGUGGCGUUCCGGUAGCGAGUCGUGUAGGCCCCGCCACGCCCCGCCACGCCCCGCCACGCCCCACCACGCGGCGCCAGUCCAGACAUAGACGUAUCGGUGCCCGGCAAGAUGACUGUCAGUGAUUGUGUGUUUGUGUGUGUGUGUUUGUGUGUGCCGUGCGCGCGGAGGGAGAGGUCCCCAGGACACCGACCUCGGCCUCCCUCCUCUGCGUCGGCAAAGCUCAAAACGUGAGGCCCGCUCCCCUCGGCCCAGGGGGAAGUCCAGCACCUCCAGUCCGGCACCUCAAGCCAAGCCUCAGGCGGCCGCCGGUCCCUGAGUCCGCAGCUCCGCAGCGCGCUGCAGCAGAGCGAGCAGAGCAAGCAGAGGCGCUUCGGGUCGUCCACUCCACCGCGAGUCCCGUGGCUCUCCCGGCUCCCCAGGCUCUCCUCACGGGGAGCGCAGCGGACGCUCUCAGACUGAUGAUGAGUCCUCGACCAAGUCAACAGAGUUCAUACCGCUUGCCUUUAGACAAGUUUGCAUUAGGCGUGCCGCAGAUUUUCAUGUGUCUAGCUGUCAUAUUUUUGUUCAUAACUGUCUUCAAUGUUUCUGAUUUUUGUUUGUUGUUGUUACUGUUGAUGUUUUGUAAAUUAUGGGUCGUAAGGCUUUAAUCUAUAAAAAAAGGUGAAAUGAUCAAAUACUUACUGUUUGACUUCAGAAUGAAUUCAAUCUUCCGGUGCGGUGAUGACCACAUUUUUGCCGCUUAUUAUGAAUUGUAAAAAUGUUGAGUGAAAGACAGUCACAGAAUGGACCGUUGGUGAAGAGAUAGUUUUAUUCGUUUUGAGCUGGAAUGUGUUAGGUCAGAAUUUUGACGCUAUUGUACAUCUUUCCAAAGCAGAAAAUUUACGAGUGUUUUAUUCCCAGACCUUGUCUGUAGACAUAUCAAAGUAUAAGGAGCCAACCAAGACGCAUGGUUCUGUGAAUUUUGAGCGGUGUGGUGUGCAUCAAAGCGAUUCACCAAUCACCACAAACUACUCAACUAUUGUUGUUCUACUUGCACUACUUCUUAGCACGAAAUUUCUGUGGGUGACAUAAUUAAUUUUAUAAAAACAGACACUUGGAUUCCGCCUCAAAAUUAGGUGAGGGCCAGUUUCAUGUUGAAACUUUAACUAGUUAAUUAAAAGUGCCUGAUGAUAACGUAAUGUGGUUCAAUCAACAUGUGUAAACUAUGUGAUUUGAUUUGGUGAAAGCAAAAAUAAAGACAAAAAAAAAGGGAAAAACAGAAAGUGCAUUCAAUGUGGGUGACACAAGAAUGUGGCAAAAAAUACAAGGAAAAAUCCGUCCGACGAUGAAUCAUGACCCUAGCCAAUCUUGUGCAAACCCCGUUUCUCAGAAUUGCAAUGAUGCAUGCGAUACACGUCGCAUGCAUGGAGGACAGCCACACUGGGGCAGCGAGCCCAAGCGAGAUGUUUUGUUUCAGAGUAACAAAAGUGUACCACUGUAAGCAUUAAUAUUAUUACCGUUAUUAUAAAAAUCCCUAUAACCAAUCUUAAUGUAAAUAAAGAAACAUUUGUGUAAAUAAAA